GUGAAACCGAGUCGGUUUCGGCAACGCGCGGCCGACCGACGCCAUGGCGACGCCAGGAAGGUCGUUGAGCGCAUGCAAAAGUAGCGACGCAAUUGCAAUGUCUUCUCCAAACGAAGGCAUGCCCGUGCUUGGCUUGUCGGCAUCUCGAAGCUGUGUGAAGAUACUGUCGUCACCGCAAAGUCAAGCACGCCUAGCAACGCCAGCCGAGGUUGCUACGACCGAACAAGUUCUACAGCCCGAAGGCGAGCUCGCACGCGACUUCUUCGUCGACUGCGGCACACACACGUUUCCGUACGGAGAAUCAUAUCAGAUGGAUCCGAACCUUCCAGGCGAGGCUGAAGUCGCAGCCCAGCGCGAGAUUUGCGACAAUGUGGAGAACUGGACUGAAGCCCUCAUGGACACGGUGGACGAACUGCUGGAGUGGAAAGACCAGAUGAUGGCUCUCCAUGCGUUGCCGACAAAUGCCGUCGCCGGGCUUGUCCUUUUGUCUUCUCGUUUCUGUCGAUGCAAAGGACGCCUUCAAGUCGAGCUCGACCGCAUGGUCGACAUGACACACAGCCUCAUUGGCAACCUGCUCCUCAACAGCCACAUCAAGCAGUACAAAACCAACAUGAUUGACAUGAGUGUGGCUAUGGACAACGAAAAGAUGGUGCUCGCGGAGGAGCAGUGCAAGCUGCGCGCGGCGCUAGCCCAGCUGGCGCACGUCAAGGCGGCGCAUCGGUUGUUCCGGUGGUCGCGGCUGUCCUGUCGCCUCCGAGAGAAGGAGCUCAGCCACGAGUUGGACCGUCAAGCGAGCGUAUUUCACUCGAAACGCGAAGAGUUUCAUCAAGUAGUCAAGGGUCAGCGCGAGCAAAUUACAGCGUUGACCGAGUCGCUGGCGAAACUGCAAGCAGCUCACGCAGCCACCACCGCCCCCAAAACCAAGAUCGUUCUCAUGCCGGCAACGGCCGCCACCCAGACGAAAGCAGCUCGACUCAAGUCGGCCCCGAUCCGGUCGGUAGGGUUCGAACGCCCGACGCCUGUCACUCCCUCCUCUGUCCCCGACACAAAAUGGGAGUCCGCCAAGAGCCCAAACGAUCCCCCGACCAAGACUAAGCGGCAAGCGCAGCCGUCCACAAAUCAGGAAACGAAGCUUGACACAGGUGUGGCCGUCGUGAAGCCGCCAGCGAGGCCACGGACAUCUGGCCCUACACCACGCGUUCGCCGCCAGCACGACAAACAGCAGGACAUCCCAGCAACGGCGCUAGAAUGGCGCUCACCUCAAGAUAUGGCUCCAGACGAGAGGCACACAUAUUACAAAGAGACAUGGCAGGAGCGGCGAGACAAGCAGCGGGAUGAGGCCACGACCAAACACAUGGGCCACCUCAAGUUGGAUGUCCAUGCGUCGUCCGCCAAUGUGCCCGAGUCUUCAGAAUCUGUGCCCGAAACCACGGUCGUUCUGCCGCUUGAAUUGUCCGAAGGGGCGUCGGUCGUCGCGCUGGCCCAAGGAAACAACGCCCUUAUUAAUAGCUUGGGCAUUCGCAAAGAGAAACCAAAGCGUUAGCACGAUCGUAUCGAAAUCAUGUUGAAAUGUCAAGAGAUGACUUAUGAGCGCGAACGGUGGCGACUACGCGGGGGCGGCGAACGACGGCGCGCAGGAGAGCGCGAGCGAGAUCGGCGACGGGGACUGCUUCGUCGAGGGGGGCUGCGGCUGCGUCGGUUGCGACGAUCGCGGGAACGGUCGCGCGAGCGAGAGCGAUCCCGUCGUUCUCGUCGGCGAAGCGGCGACGCGUUGCGAUCGCGUCUGCGCAUUUCUUGCGGCGUCUUGCGCUUCUCCUGCGCCAUGACAACCGUCAAGCGGUUACCGUCGAGCUCUCGCCCGUCGACUUCCUUGAUCGCAGCCUCGGCGCCGUCGAGGUCGAUCAUCUCGACAAAUGCGAAUCCACGAGAUUGCUUCGUGUAGUAGUCGAGAGGGGUGUACACGUCGCGAACUUCACCGUAUUGACUGAAAAGCUCCUUCACAUCUUCGGCCGAAGUGUUUUUGUUCAGGUUUCGAACCAAGAGCGAAAUCCCGGCUUUGGCAGGUCCACCGCCUCCGCCGCGGGCCGGCUUGUCGUCUCGCGAGUUCGUUCGCUCACGAGAAGCGCUUCUGUGGUCCGAGUCAUGCCGGCGUUCAGCGCUAACGGAAGCACUGCGGCGGUUCGCACUUGCAGCAGAGCGCGAGCGGCUGCGAGAGCGGCGGUCGUCCUCGUGAUCACUCAUGUCGUCACAGCUCGAGUUUGUGAGUUCGUGGCCGC